UUCUCGGUUAAGUGCCCUAUAUUGUAUCAAGAUGGAAAUACAGCUACCACCACAUGAAGGAGAGGAGCUGUCUGUGGUGGAUAUGCACACAGGAGGAGAGCCCCUACGCAUUAUCCUCGGUGGAUACCCAGAGGUACAUGGGAACACCGUGCUGGCCAAGCGUCGCUAUGUCAGAGAGCAUCUUGACCACCUGAGAAAGGUGCUGAUGUAUGAACCACGGGGUCACUAUGACAUGUAUGGCGCACUGAUUGUGGACAGCGAGCUAGCUGAGGCUGAUUUGGGGGUGCUCUUCAUGCACAACGAGGGGUACAGCACUAUGUGUGGACAUGCGGUCAUCGCGCUGGGGCGCUUUGCCGUUGACUACAAACUCAUUAAAGAGCCACAGUCGCCAGAGACCCCAGUGAACAUACAUUGCCCUUGUGGUUUGGUCAAGGCUUUUGUUGAAUACUCCAACGGUAAAACAGGAGGAGUGAGAUUUCGCAGUGUACCAGCAUUUGCAUUUGCUACAGAUGUGGCCAUCAAUGUGGAAGGGCUUGGUGACGUUUUGGUUGACAUUAGCUACGGAGGAGCUUUCUACGCCUUUGUGAGCGCCCAGAGAUUUGGCCUGGAUGUGACCAAGUCCAGGACUCGGGAUCUAGUGGAUGCAGCAACAGCAGUGACCAAUGCUGUGAAAUCUCAAGUGAAACUUCACCACCCGACCAGUGAUGACCUGGCUUUCCUCUAUGGUACCAUCCUCACAGACGGAAAAGACGCUUAUUCCUCUGAUCCCACUGCUAAUAUCUGUGUGUUUGCCGAAGCCCAGGUGGACAGAAGCCCGACAGGCUCUGGUGUUACAGCUCGUGUGGCUCUUCAAUAUCAUAAAGGUCUGAUUGGCCUUAACCAAACCAGGACCUUUCAGAGCGGGGCUACUGGGUCCCAGUUCACAGGAAAAGCUAUUGAGGAGACCAUGUGUGAAGACUUCAAGGCUGUGACUGUGGAGGUUGCUGGCAGAGCUUUCUAUACCGGUGUGUCACACUUUGUCCAGGAGGGUGAUGACAAGCUCACCAAUGGCUUUCUUCUCAAAUGAGCAGUAACUACAGGUUUUGUUCCCUCCAAAAAUGUACUUACUUAUACGAUGUGAUACUUUGGACACGAGGGAGAAGAGGUUUUUUUUUUUUUUUUUUGUGUCCCAACCUGCCUGCCAAGAGGAAGACUUUUCAGUGAUUUGAGACUUAAGGCUUCCAAAUUGUCUGUAAUUAAAGCCAGAAGCCCUUCAGAUAUUUCUCUAAUGAAACAAUUUGGUCCAUGCUGAGAUAAAUCAAAGGGAUUCAUUGUACCAAGAGUCAAGGUCCUUUUGGUUUAAUCUUUCACUUGCCUUCAUUAAGUUCAGACCAAUUUUUUUUAAUCUAUUAUUUUAAAUGAAGUGCGGGUAUGUACAGCUCUGUAAAACAAAACGUCUUCAACAAUGCAGCGAGGACAUUUAAUUUCAGCGAUAUAUCAAGUCUAGGCUACAUAAUGUACCAUUGUUGACAUAUGACUUAAGAUGAUAUUUCUCAGCGAACUAAACACAUUACAUAUUUUUUGUGUGACUAAUCAGCCUAAAGUAAAUUCAGAUGUCAGAAGAUCAAAGGUUGCUUUAUGGGUUGGUCCAACUGGCAUCCUCAGCUAAGUGUGAAUCGCUCAGAUUUUCUUAAAAUGAGUAACGAGGGCUUCCUAAAGGGAAUGGGCUAAGCUUGUUUAAACCCAGGACCGGCCCGACGCUUAAGCAAACUAAGCGCCACCAAAGGGGCCCCCAAGAGCGCUUGAAAUGUCCAACAAGAACGUAAUAUAUAUAAAUAUAUAUAUUUUGGUGAUAUGUCAGUGGUAAUCAUACAAAAGAAUAAACGCAUUGUCUGCUGG